AUGCCCCUGCCCUACAGGGGGAGAGGCUCCCGCCUGGCAAGCUCCCGAGUGGCGAGCACCAGCGUCCACUCGCCAAGGCGUGCCGUCCGCGGGGCCCCGUCGUCGAGCCAUGCACUACGCCUCACCCGGCGACGCCAUUCCUCCGAGCAGGUCCCACCAGGGCCGGAGCCGCAGGCUGACUUCCGCUCGGGAAAGUGGCUCCAAGAGCACGCCGGAGGGGACGCCAGGGACUCGCAGCAGACUGCGCGUGCUGGAAUGGGAUCUCGGCACAGGAUCUGUAGUCAGGAAGUAGUGAUCCCUUGUGAUUCUGACAAUGACUCAGGAAGUGUGGAUUUGCAGCUGAGCAACUUGGAGGAUAUUAAAAAAGAUCCAAGUAGCCUUGAACUUACAGACUCCGAUAUCUUUGACAUCACUGGACUCUCUCAAGAAUCGUUCAUAGAUAGCUUCAGACACCUGACCCAACAGGGCCCCGUCAGUGAGGCCAAUGUUGAGAGGCUGAUCCAGUCUAUCCAGGAGGUUUUUAAUGGUGAGCUACAGAGUGAAUUUGAGAAGCUGACAUUCCUAAGAUCUUUGUCCUCUCUCAGCCAAACCUUACCUUACGAUGAAACCACAGAAUCAUUCAUUCACAACCACAUAAUAGACAUUGUGCGUGUGCUAAAUAUGCUGAUAGAAGAGGAGCCUCUGCAUUCUCUCUUCAGCUCUGUGCGCCAAGAGGUUUUUAUCACCAUUGCUAACCUCAGUUACCAAGAUAUCCAUUUGCUAUUUGGCUCUGAAGAUCGAGCUGAUUUGUUCAGUCUUAUCACAAAAAGUAUAAUCACUCUGCCCUCUGUAGAGGCUCUUAUCCAGCUGCAGGAAAUCAUGCCAAGUGGGUCCUACAACACAGAGUGUCUCUACAGGCAGACGUUUCAAGCAUUCUCUGAGAUGCUCCAGAGUUUGGUAGUAAAAGACCCACAUUUGGAAAAUCUUGACACCAUUUUUAAGCAAAUGGACCCCUGGUUACAAUCAACCAAAGAUCAUGAGCGGGAACGGGCCACAGCCAGCAUGGCUCAAGUUCUAAAGUGCUUAUCCAGACAUCUCAGCUUGAAGCUUCCACUGAGAUUCCAAAGGCUUGGGCACUUCGUGGCUCUGAUGGCACUGCUGUGUGGGGACUCAGUGACAGAGGUAGCUGAGGAGGCCGCAGAGGGCAUGCACUGCCUGCUGCAUGUCACCUUGAGGCUGAAGUGUACCAUUCAUGACAAGAAAAAUCACCCAAACUUGAGAAGAGCAAUGAAAAAGUGUCAAGAGCUCCUAGAACUCUACAGUAUUAAACAGUUCUAUAGUUGUCCCUUCAAAAUUGCCCAGAUCUUUGAAGCUUUUCUCAAUUCAAAUGAGCUCUUCCAGUUUGUAAUGACUACAUUGGAUGGCCUGGAAAAUCUGAAACAUCCCUGCACCCAGAAAUCAGCAGGAGAAUUGCUGAUAACAAUGGUGAAAAAUGCAGAGUCCCGAUUUGAGAAGGUGCCAGAAAUUAUGAGAGUUAUCUGUGCCCGCCUAUCCAUAAUCAGCCAGCCUAGAGUCCGACGACAAAUCAUAAAUACUGUGAGUCUGUUUAUCUCCAGGCCUAAGUACACAGAUAUAGUGAUUGGCCACCUUCUGUGUCAUCCAGUACCAUAUGACAGGCAUCUGGCUGAGUUGUGGAGAACUCUGGAAGUGGAACUGCCCAGCACCACCUGGAUUCUGUGGAGACUCCUGAGGAAGCUGCAGAAAUGCCAUAAUGAGCCCACCCAUGAGAAGAUGGCCUAUGUGGCUGUUGCUGCAACAGAUGCCCUUUAUGAGGUGUUUGUGGGAAACAGGCUCCAAGCAGCUACAUUCCGACUCUUUCCUCAGCUUCUCAUGACACUGCUCAUCCAGAUACACCACAGCAUCGGUCUCACCAUGUCUGAUGUCGCCGUUCCAAGUGGCCUGUACACAGAACAGGAAAUGUCAUCAGAGGUCACCCCUUUGUGCUUCGCCAUACAAGCUACAAAGAGUCUCCUCCUCAGAACAUUGUGCUGGCAGGAAUUCAACAUCAUGGAAAAGAAUAAAGGAUGGACCCUCCUGGAAGGAAAAGAAUGCCAUCUUCAGGGAGUAUCUCUCCUUGCUAAUGCAUUGCUGGAAAGAAAUCACCUCCUUGCACACAAAGUCAUGUACUUGUUGGUCCCUCUUCUUAACCGAGGGAAUGAUAAACAUAAACUCACAUCUGCAGGAUUUUUUGUGGAGCUUCUCCAGAGUCCAGUGUCUAGGAGACUGCCCAGCAUAUACUCCAUUGUCCGCUUGAAAGACUGGCUACAUCAUGGAAAUAGAGUCUUCAAAUUUCUUGCCCUAAGGGGACUGCGCUAUCUUAUUAAACACCAGGAUAUGAGGGAAGACAUCAGGAGCCUGUUGCCAUGCAUCUUAGACCUCUUAUGUGAAACCGACGAGAAGAUUGUUUUGUUGGCCAUCCAGAUACUCCUGCAACUCGUGGGGACAAUGGAUUUCACCACCCUGACGGCCAUGAUGAAGACCCUGUUCACCCUAUUUGGUGAUGUGAGAUCUGAUGUUCAUCGUCUCUCCAUGACCCUGUUUGGAGCAUCCAUAAAGUCUGUGAAAUACACAGAUAAGAAGGGUGUAGAGAAUCAAGUCCUGGACAGCUUGGUCCCACUACUUCUGUAUUCUCAGGAUGAAAAUGAUGCAGUAGCUGAGGAAAGCAGGCAAGUCCUAACUAUAUGUGCCCAGUUCCUGAAGUGGAAGCUGCCCCAAGAAGUGUACUGCAAAGAUCCCUGGUACAUCAGCCCUAGUGAAGCUGGAACAGUCUGCAAAUUCUUUGGAAAAAAAUGCCAGGGGAAAGUUAACCUCCUAGCCCAAACAUUGAUGUUCUCCAAGAAUGCAAAACUUCCUAUCAGAAGAGCAGCAGUCUUAUUUGUAGGACUCUUGUUAAAGUAUGUGGAUUGCAGCGAGCUCAGGACGAAGGGCACUGACUGGAUAGAGAAUGAUCUGAAAGCUCUGCUGCAUGAUCCUGAGCCCUCUCUGUGCAUCAUCGCCUCUCAGGCUCUCUUCCGAGUGCAGAAGGUGGGGGCUGAGCCAGAUCCCAGGCAGUCCAUUGCAGGUUGAGGAAGCUCAUGGGCUGUCUUCCUACUUAGAAAUGCAAGGCAAGUAACCUCGGGUAAAAAUUAAUUCUUUCAGAAACCACAAAAGUAAUAGUCCCCCCUUUUUAU